AUGUUAAAGCUCUCAUUACUCCUAAGUCUAGUAGGCUUUAGUGCAGUUCUUGCGAGUGGAGGAAGAAGGAAAUGUGGUUUAAGAAGAAACCCCGAUGGCUUCAACUAUUUCAAAGAACAAAAUCUUCUUGGAAUUAAAUACAAAAAUGAUGUAAGGAGGCUUUGUGGAGAUCAAGCAUUCGAGGAUGGUUCUUGCAACUCUUCAUCUUAUUCUUCUAGCUCUGAAGAAUGUGGUCGAAGGUGCCCUAAGGAUAGGGAUGAUGGUUGCUCGUCACGUUCUUCAUCUUGCGAUAGCUACAGUUCAUCAUGCGACUACUCAAGUUGCUCCUCUACUCCAUGCUCUACUCCUGUGCCUCUGAGGUGUGAGAAUGAAUUGAAGACACCUAUAAUCAACAUGGGAGAAAGGAUAUUUGAGUUCCUUAAGAACUAUCAGGACCAAUAUGAGAAAGCUGUUGUUCUUGCUUUGACCAACAUUCUUUCUCAAGUUUCAGGAUUCAACCCUAUCUUCGCAGGUGCAGACUAUGAUGCUUUGGUAGAGCAACUCAAGACACUUGGUGUUAAUGUUCCAGCCAAUACUGCUGCGGAACUCGCAUCAAUAGAUUCCUCUGAAUCAGCUGCUCUUUCUAGAACCAUUCAGAAUAAUGCACAGAAGGUAAUUGGUGACUUACUUGGGAGAAUUAGCUCAAUGUGUUACUUGGAUCUCGUGAGCCUCAUCAACAGUGGGCUCUUUGCUAGCCAAAUUUCAAGUGUAUUCAAUAACAUUCAGCCAAUCAUUACCAUUGCAGGGAAUGAUCUAUUUGCCAAGCAGAUGGCUGUAUUCCAGAAACUCUCUGGGUCUCUGCCUGCUGCUGCAGUUACUGCCAUCAACAAUGUCCUUCAAGCAAACAGGAACAGCUUUGUUACGUUCUUCACAACCCAGGCCUCUACUCUUCAGACAAAUGUUCAGGAUGCUGUUACAGCUUUGACAACGGCCCUCACAACCCUAUCAAACAAUGCAUCAAGCGAGUUCGUCAAUUUUGCAAACUCUGAGAUUGCAGCACUUGUAUCCAGGGUCUUCCCACCUUCUUCUACAUCCGAUGGCAGUAGUGGAUCGGGAAGCAGUAGUGGAUCAGGAAGUAGUGAUGGCCAAGGAGGCAGUAGUGGAUCGGGAAGCAGUAGUGGAUCGGGAAGCAGUAGUGGAUCAGGAAGUAGUGAUGGCCAAGGAGGCAGCAAUGGAUCAGGAAGUAAUGGUGGGUCAGGAAGUAGUGAUGGCCAAGGCCAGGGCGAUCAAACCCCCGAGCAAGAUGGCAAUUAG